GUACCGGAGGAUUGUGUCCAACAACUGCACGGAUGGGCUGAGGGAGAAGUACACGGCCAAGGCCCAGAUGUGUCCCGGAAAAGCCCCUCGAGGCCUCCACGUGGUGACAACUGACGGACGCCUAGUGGCAGAGCAGGGGCAUAAUGCGACCUUCAUCAUCCUCAUGGAGGAGGGUGAUCUCCAAAGGACAAACAUCCAGCUUGACUUUGGGGAUGGAAUUGCGGUAUCCUACGCUAACUUCAGCCCCAUUGAGGAUGGCAUCAAGCACGUGUACAAGAGCGCAGGGAUCUUCCAGGUGACGGCCUAUGCGGAGAACAGCCUGGGCUCGGACACAGCUGUCCUCUUCCUGCAUGUGUUCCACUAUAUUCUGAUGGACGUGUACACGUGCAGAUAUGCAUUCAGGUCAAAGUCCCUUCCCUUUGCUUUGGAGACUCCUAAGGAUCAGGAAGAAGAAACUCAUCUGGUUCACAGCCACAAGUUCACUUUCAAGCUGCU